UCCCAGACCCGGUGAAAUGUAACUGAAUUGUCUUGGCCAGCCCUAAGGGUCCCAUCUGCAUCUCAUCAUUGCUGAGGAGUGUGCUCCCAUCACCCAAUCAAGCAUCCAGCCAGAGCAGGUCAUGAUAUUUUUUAACCAUAUUAACAUGUCAUUGUUGUGUAUUAUGCCUGAUGUCAAGACUCUCGUCUCUGCGAACCUACCACACAGACUUAAUACUUGUGUCAUUUUUAGGGCAUACCUAACAACCUGUGUUUUCUUCCCCCCCCCCAAUCUGUCCCUCUGAGUUACAUGUUGGUCCUGGGAUUGAGAUGCUGACCUCUUCUGCCCCUCGGACCUGCUUGAUCCAUCCUGGUGCCCUGUGUCUGGUUGGAGUCUUAUCGCAUCGCUCCUGUGGAGGACGGCCCCAUGAGGACAAUUGAAAGUUACACCUGGAGGACGCUCUGGACUCUUACAGUAAUGCUUUUAUGGCUGAGGACUACAGUUGACUUGCUAACUUUAGGACUGCAGGUGUCGUGAACAGUUUUGCACUCAAGUUUCCAUCAAUGAAGAGUUACAACAUCAAUGAAACUGUCUUCAUGUUAAAACUGUUAAUGUUAUAGUCAUGCUGUCUGUUGUUGCCCAAAUGAGGAUGGGUUCCCUUUUGAGUCUGGUUCCUCUCAAGGUUUCUUCCUCAUGUCGUCUGAGGGAGUUUUUCCUUGCCACCGUCGCCACAGGCUUGCUCAUUGGGAAUAGAUUAGGGACAAAAUUAGCUCAUGUUUUAAGUCGUUCAAAUUCUGUAAAGCUGCUUUGCGACAAUGUUUAUUGUUAAAAGCGCUAUACAAAUAAACUGGGCAGCACGGUGGUGUAGUGGUUAGCGCUGUCACCUCACAGCAAGAAGGUCCGGGUUUGAGCCCCGUGGCCGGCGAGGGCCUUUCUGUGCGGAGUUUGCAUGUUGUCCGCGUGGGUUUCCUCCGGGUGCUCCGGUUUCCCCCACAGUCCAAAGACAUGCGGGUUAGGUUAACUGGUGGCGCUAAACUGACCGUGAGUGUGAAUGGUUGUCUGUGUCUAUGUGUCAGCCCUGUGAUGACCUGGCGACUUGUCCAGGGUGUACCCCGCCUUUCGCCCGUAGUCAGCUGGGAUAGGCUCCAGCUUGCCUGUGACCCUGUAGAACAGGAUAAAGCGGCUAGAGAUAAUGAGAUGAGAUGAGGGAUAAAAUUAGCUCAUGUUUAAAGUCUUUAAUUUUCUAUAAAGCUGCUUUGUGACACUGUUUAUUGUUAAACGCGCUGUACAAAUAAACUUGACUUGACACCACUUUCUCAUGCAAAGCAAAUCCAGUCCAAACAAAUAAAUUCAUUUGUCAUUUUCAAACGUCCACAAGAGGGCGCCAAAAUUUACUUUUCCGUAUCAGGAAACCAAAAUGGCCGAAUGUCAAAAAAACUCCUCAUUGGAUAUUAGGGCGUCUACGUAGAACACGGAAGUCGUUGUAUAUACACCCUAUAUAGUGCACCUGUGUAGUAAUUAGGAGGUGGAUUUGGACGUGUAAUUCCUGACUGCUCUUUGGGCGGAUUGGUGUGUGUGCAAGUAAAAUUAUCGUUAGUGAUAUUUUCCCUGUCAUGAAGUGAAUUGAAACGGGACCUGAGAGACGUGUUGGAUUUCAAGGACACAAUUAUACAGUAGUUUCGUUUAUUUCGAAAGGAGCUGCGUAUACACCCUGGGGAAGAAUAUAAAAAAAAAUUACAAAUAAUAAUAAUAAAGCUGUCAAGAUCAAGCUUAAGAAGAGUCGGAGAGAUCUUUCUGUCUCUCUUUUAAAUGAGUUCGUCGUUAGGAUGGAGCGACUGACUGCUGACACACUGGAGGAACAUUCAGGACAGUCUUGUGGUGGAGAUUUGAAAAAUAAACCCGUUUUGUGAAUAAUUUCUUGAAGCACUGAAGAUUUUCUGACAGGAAAUUUUCUCCUAUGGAGCUGGCGAGAUAACAGUUAGCCGGCUAGCUAACUAGCUCGCAGCGCUAACUGCUCGACUCUUAUCAUGGAGACUCAUUUUGGAUAAUUCAAGUUGACGCAGAAACAAACGACAAAUAAUUAUACAUUUUAUAACGGACAUUUUAGUGUUUUUUUUAAACUUUUUUUUUUGCUUUUAAAAUACCUGGCUACUGAUAACUGAAUGUUGUAACUGUUAGUUCAUGGAGGCACGGUGUGAUUUAUAGACACUUUUUUUUUUUUUUCAACAACAAACAUUUUCCAGCUCUAAAAACUUCUCUGGACUGUUUUAUUUUUGAAACAAUGGGUUCAUUAAAAGCCCUCCAGGAGUGGUGUCGGGUCCAGUGUGAGGGAUAUAAUGAUGUGGACGUUAAGAACAUGGCAGCGUCCUUCAGAGACGGACUGGCUUUCUGUGCUAUAAUACACAAACACAGGCCUGAUUUAAUAGACUUCGAUUCCCUCUCCAAAGAAAAUGUCUAUGAGAACAACCGUCUGGCGUUUGAGGUGGCGGAGACAGAGCUGGGUAUUCCGGCCCUGUUGGACGCAGAGGACAUGGUGUCUAUGAAAGUGCCUGACCGUCUCAGCAUAAUCACCUACGUCUCACAGUACUACAACUACUUCACCAAUAAAUCUCAAGCUAAUCCUCCCUGUAUGAAGAGACCAGGCAGUUCAGGUCAUAUUGAACCAGCAAUAAAGAAACCACCCACACCCCUGGAAGACAAGACCGCAACAUCUGAGUCAAAUGCUGACAGCCAGUCAAAACGCAGCACUCUGAGCAGUACGUGUGCUGCCUGUGAGAAACAUGUUCAUCUGGUGCAGAGGUUCCUCGUCGAUGGCAAACUCUACCACCGUAACUGUUUCCGGUGUAAGGAAUGUAGCAGCACUUUAUUGCCUGGCUCUUACAAACCCGUGGGAGAUGCUGGAUCUCUGGUCUGCACACACCACUUCACCAGGGUAUCUUCAAACAGCCAGAACGGUCGGCCAGAUCUGAGCCAGCAGCUUAGCCCAGUAUCAUCGAAUGCCAGCCCUGAAUCCCCUCCAAGUGGAGGAAGUUUGGAAAAAGCACAGACCGAGCCUUCAGAUGCCAAUGAACACAUCGCUCCAUGUGAUAACUCGCCCAAACCACACUCUCUGGAGGGAGAGAUCAGGCAGAAUGAAAAAGGAGGGGAGGAGAUAAGAGAGGAAUUUGAGGAUGGCGCAAAAGAACAGAUGGAACCCUGCCCUCCCAGUCCACCAAAUCCUUUCGAUGAAUCUGACGAAGAGGAACUAAAGGAGGAAGAGCAGCCACAGCCAGCUGCAGAAGUUACAAAUGGCGUCCUUCCCCUGACCCCAGUAAGAAGCACCACAGAAGAGAAUCGACCAAUACCUGCCCCUAGAAAAGUGUCUGACUCCUCCCCGAGUGCACGUCCUGUGCCCAGGCCACGCCCACCAAGACCUUUGCAGAGUCCAGCAGUCAGUGAACACGAAGGUGAUCGCAGACCAGUCCCACGUGAAAGAUCCCGGUCACCUGCAAGCUCCGUUCAAUCCAGUGACACUCCCAAAUCCAAAGACCCUCCCUGGCUGGCUCUUGUCAAACAAGAGCCCAAGAAGAAGUUGGCUCCGGCUCCUCCUCCCAAAGCUGUAGCCACUCCUCCGCACUCUACGUCCAAGAUCGAAGAGGAAACUCGGCCAGCCACGCCACCUAAUCCUUUUGAGGACAACAACAAUGAGAAGGCAGUGGCUGAAUCUGCAGAAGCCGCACCAGUUCCAUCUUCUGUGGUUGCAGUCCAUCCAUGGUAUGGGAUUUCCCAAACUGCUGAGGUCACCACUGAGAGCCCCACCCACUCCGAGAGUCCAGGAAGUGGCAGGAGAAUAAAACGGCCAGCGCCCAGAGCCCCAAAAUCUGUCCCUACAGCUCUUCCUUCUUCUCAGUCUUCCUCUGCCUGUCCCUCUCCAGCUCUGAGCACUGAGAGCCUCUCAUCCUCUUCAUCAGACCACGGCGUCCCCCGAACUACUGCCACCGCCGCUGCUUCCCACCAGCAAGCCAUUACCGAACAGGAACAUUCGUUCACCAAAAGCGUGUCCGAACCAUCGAUUAACAGCCCUGGCUCCUCCCCUUCAGCUCUUUCAUCCGAACCGAAGUCGAAUCUCUUGCCUAGUCCCUCCCCCGCGCAGCCCCACAGUAAUACCUGCUCAGCGCCGGCCACACCAGAGACAAACAGGAGUGCAGGGAGCAAGGCGCUGAGACCGCCCCCUCCCCGCCCACCACCUGCUCCAAGUCCUCUGAUCGGCUCUUCUUCCUCACAGCAAAACACACCCAAUAAGCGGGUAAAUCCUUUUAAUCGGAAGUCCCCCUCAACGGUCUCCUCUCCACAGUCCAGACCCCCCAAAGGCCCUCGACCCGCUCGCCCUCCUGCCCCUGGACACGGCUUCCCUCUCAUCAAACGCAAGGUGCAAUCAGAUCAGUACAUCCCUGUUGAGGACAUCCAUGUCGAGAUGGGGACACUUGAGAGGCAGCUGGACGAGCUGGAGCAGAGAGGAGUGGAGCUGGAGCAGAGACUCCGAAACUGCUCUGACGAGGAAGAGGAGGAGCGGCUGCUGGUGGACUGGUUCACUCUGAUUCAUGAGAAACAUCUACUGGUACGCCGAGAGGCCGAGCUGGUGUACACGGUGAAGCAGCAGCAUCUGGAGGAAAGGCAAGCUGACGUGGAAUACGAGCUUAGGUGUCUCCUCAACAAGCCAGAGAAAGAAUGGAAUGAUGAGGAUCGAGACCGGGAGAAGCAGCUGAUGGAGGAGUUGGUGACCAUCAUCGAGCAGAGGAACCAGAUCAUCAAUAGCAUGGAUCAGGACAGACAGAGGGAAGAGGAGGAGGACAAGCUAGUGGCUGCCAUGUUAAAGAAAAAAGAGUUCCAUGGUGAGAGCGACCACAGGAAGAAACCCGGAAAGUUUAAACCCAUGAAGGUGUUGAAAAGACUGAGCCAUAAAGGCGACAUGGCAAAGAGCCCGAGUCCACGGAAUGAGAAAAGCUGAGCACGAUACAUGACUUUAAAGACAAAGCUGACCGUCCAUCUUGAACUCUUAAUGACUAAAAGGACGGCAAAUUGGCUGGGUACAAACUGACACCCUGAACACAGCCACUUCUCAUUCUGACUUUGUAUACCUUUAAUGCAGCGUCAUUAACGAGUGAGGAACAUAAGCCGAAGAAUGGCUUUUACCCCAUGUUUUUUUCAUUAGUAAAUACAAAUCUAAAGGGAAAAAAAAUGUAAUUUGCCCUAUAGAGUUGAUCAGCCAAGACGUGUUUCGAUGUUUGCCAUUUCCUUCCUUCCGAGUCGGGAGCUUGUGGGUCAAAUCUCCCAACUACACUGCUUCUCCAGUCAUCUCUGUCCAUCGCACGACAAUACAUCUCAUCUAUGUUUUAUCAGUCAUUGUACUAGAUUGCAUCUUCAAGCAGAUGGACAUGAACCAUGGGUUGAAAACAUCCUGAAAACCCAGAAAUCUUACUUCCUGACCUGGAUUUUGCAGAUCUUGUUCUACUCGAUUCAUCAGAGACUGCUGCAGGGGAACACCUUGACAAUGUUGAGAACGCUGCUUCGCAUAGGUUUGAAAGGCAACCAAGAAAAACAAACAAAC